CUACGACCACUGAACAGGCAGUUACCACCACUGAACGCGCUGCUGAACAAGCUGCUACCACCACUAAACAUGCUGCUACCACUACUACACAAGCUAUUACCACCACCACUAAUGAAGUGAUUCCCACUACCACUAAACCUGCUACCACCACAACUACGCAAGAAAUUCCCACCACCACUAUUCAUGCUACCACCACUACUUCACAAGCAAUUCCCACCACUACUAAACCUGCUACCAUUAGAAGACAAAGAUGA